AUGGAUCCUAUUAGCCUUGGUGUUAGUGUGGGUGCGAUUGUGAUGGCAUUCAAAGGUGUCAUUGACACAGCCUUGCUUAUUGAAUCAUUUCAUGACGAUGGCAAGACAGGCUGUGGCUACCUUGCCCUCACCUAUCACAUUGAAAAAACACGUCUAGAUCUUUGGGGCCAGCUAUGCAAAGCCAAUAAUGAAUCCUCUUGUACCCUCUCCGACCGGCCAGAUUUGGUCAAAGAAACCAUAACACGUAUUCUAGGCGAGAUUGUCAAUCUGAAUAGGGAGGCUGAAAAACUGAUAACGAAGCACGAUGUAAAAAUGCCCGAGUACCCGCAAGGCUCCGACAAUCCUGCCCAAGCAAUGAACCUCAGUAGCGCCUUGCCCCAAGCCUUGUCAAAGCUUGUGGUCAAACCAAAAGCAAGGUGGCGAUGGACUAUCAAGGGAAAAGCGGAUUUCGAACAGGUUGUCCUUAAGAUUCGAAAGCUAAGGGAUGACCUGGAAAGCUUCACUAUCUCUGACAAUUACCGUCAACUACUGCACAAAGCUCUGCCAUCACUCGCCCUGAAGUCCAUUACCAGCCGAGAGCUACUUCAAACCCUCUAUGACCCAGAAACGCGAGUCGGCAGUGCCUUAGCAGCGUCGGCUAAGGUCAAGUUUCUUUGGAGUCAAACUUCACCGGAUUCAAGCGACAUGAAUAUUAUCGCAGGUGAUCAGCUAAGAUUCCUUUCUGGUUCCUCCAACUUGGGAAUUCUCAGGAAUCAAGGUGCUGGGAUAUCGUCCGUGUGGGUCGAAUGGAAUACGGUGCAAGAUGGUGCUGGAGCCGCCGAAUACAUUAAAAGGAUCAAAACACUAGGAUACCGCUUGGAGAAAAUAGGGGAGCCUGCACUGAGGCUACCGAGUUGCUACGGGUUGGUUUUCCAGGAAAUACAUGGUGCUACGCGUCUUGGCUUUGUCUUCGGAGCUCCACGAACAAUUUGGUUGCAGGGCAGGGUUCAGAGUAUGCCCAGAUAUACAGGCGACUUCUUUAAUCUCCCACCUGUCUCGCUGGCCAAUCUCAUGGAACACCAAAAGACUAACACAAUACCUCUUCUGGGUGACCGAUUCUACCUUGCGUUCACCCUAGCUGUCGCAUUUAGCCACUUCCACGCGGCCGGGUGGCUACACAAAGGUUUCCACAGCGACAACAUUACUUUCCUCCAGCAGGAUAAUGAACCACAUAUAAAUGUGACGGAUCCGUUUAUCACCGGGUUCCAGUACUCUCGUCCUCAACAGGAACAGUCCUUAUCACGUACGCCACUUGAGAAUGAUCAACUGCAGCAUUAUUACCAUCCCGACGCAGACAAAGGAUUUUCGAGGCGGCUUGAUCUUUAUAGCCUUGGCAUCGUUUUGUGUGAGAUCGGCCGUUGGGGGUUAAUCAGGAAAACCGUAUCUGAUCGCAGGCGAAAGGAGCUUGUAGACCGGAGUGCCUGGCGAAACUAUGUGAAUAAAUAUAUUUGUGUUGACAUGGGCUGGCGAAUGGGAGAGAAGUAUCAUGGUGUAGUCAAGACCUUGCUUGAGUGUCGACUGCCUGGCGAUGAUCAUGAUGAUGGCCUUUUCGAACAGCAAUAUCUAGAGAAGGUUAUCCAGCCUUUAGCUGAAUGUACGGCGUAA